AUGAUUGUUCUCAAUAAUUUCCCUAUCAAAACUGAUUCACUUGGAGAUAAAAAAGUUGAGACAAUUAUGAUCCCUUCCAAUAAAAGAGAAGCACCUGUUGUCAGCCCUCCUAAACCAGAUGACAACGGUCAUAAAAUCCCACUAGGUAAAAACAUAGCCUUCUUACAAAAGCAGCAUGAGUCCAUGCUGAAAGGCUUGCAUCAAGAAAUUGAAUCCUUGAAAAAAAUUAAUAAAGACUUGCAGUAUCGUCUGGUGAUGUGUACAUGUUCUGCUGGCUAUUCUGAUGAUAAUUUACCAAAAAAUAAAACCAACGAGAACUCCCUAAAACAAGAAAUAUCGAUUUUGCGGGAAGAUCUUGAAAAUGAAAGGAAGAAGAACGCACGUUUGAUGCAACAAUUAGAGGAAUUGCAAGUAUCCCAGAAUCCUGUUAGAGGACUUCCAAGAUUCGCAUGUAAAAAUGGACGAUUGUCAACAUAUUCAGAGCAGAAAAAUAUUUCAAAGAAUAAUGAAAUGUUCCAGAGUUUAAAUAAAAAUCAAAUUCACCAUGAUAAUAGUGAAUUCUUAAAAGGAUGUCAGGAUGUCCCAAGUAAAAAUACCGAUUUCAUAACAGAUACAGUCACUGUAAAUAAUAACCCGAUAGCACCUACAACUGGAACAUUAUCAGUCAAUAAACUCAUACCAACCACUUCUCAUUCAGUUCCGAUUAAAUCAUCAACAACUCUGAAUAUACCAGGAAAUAAUUUCUUGACAAAACGAAGUAUUCUUCAUUCGUAUGAUAAUGAACAUGUUUUUGAAAAACAAGAAGAGGAAAUAAUCGAAUCAAACGAUGAAUUAAUCAAUUCACACUUAUUACCAUUUCGAUUACCUGCAUUAAAUUUUAGAAAACCACUUAUUCAAGCUUCAUUGAGUAAUGAGCAACAUAAAAUGAAUACAAACAAUAUAAAGUAUUCACCUACACGUGGUUCAUUAAAGAAUGAAAAAGUAUUCAAUAGCGAAUUAAAAAUAACUCGUCCAAUAAAAAGUGCCACAGGAUACAAUAAUAACUCAACUACAUCAUUGGAAAUAUCCAUUAAUAAUCUGCAAACUAAAUCGAUUGAUUCAAAAACCUUAAAUGAUCAUUAUCAACAAUUACAUGAUUUAAAUUUAAGAAAAGUUACACAAGCUUAUUCAAUUGGAUUAAAACCAUUUCUACCAUCAUUAACAAAACCAGCAGAUGUAAUGUUGAAUCGUCAAAAUGAUCGUCAUCAAAAGAAAUCUACAAAAAGCUUACAACGUAAGCGUGCACAACAAAAUAUUUAUCCAUUUUAAAUGAUGAUGAUAAUAAUAAUAAUAGUAACAUUUGAAACAAGAAUUCAAUUUGAAAAAGAAAAUCAACAUUGAAAUUUUGUUUAAAUAAGUAUAGAUAAAAAUAACAUUCCAUAUAUUUCUAUUUUCAAUAUUUAUUAAACUAAUAAAAAGUGGUGACCCAUACAGUGGGAGCUACUAAUCAAUCGCGUUCAUUUGAAUGAAUUAUGCUUGUUGAAUAUUGAAACAAAAAAUGUUUUAGUUAUGGAAGGCAGCAGACAUAUUAUCAAUGGAACAGUUCAGUACUCAAUGAUAAAAUCAUGCGACAAAUUUAAUUCUCAGAUGGAAUUCAAAGGUUAAAUUAUUAAAAUAUUGUAAGUAAACUUUUACUUAGUUUAUUACAU